AUGUCCCAGACCAACUGGGAAGCCGAUAAAAUGUUGGAUGUUUACAUCCAUGAUUAUUUAGUGAAGAGAGACUUGAAAGCCACUGCUCAGGCUUUUCUAGCUGAAGGGAAAGUGUCCUCUGAUCCUGUUGCAAUUGAUGCCCCCGGAGGUUUUCUUUUUGAGUGGUGGUCGGUUUUCUGGGAUAUUUUCAUAGCUCGGACCAAUGAAAAGCACUCGGAGGUUGCAGCAUCUUAUAUCGAGACGCAGUUGAUGAAAGCGAGGGAGCAGCAGCAGCAGCAGCAGCAGCAGCAGCAACAACAACAACAACAGCCAUCCCAACAACCACAGCAUCCACAACAGCAGCAUCUACAAAUGCAGCAACUCUUGUUGCAGAGACAUGCACAGCAGCAGCAGCAGCAGCAGCAGCAGCAGCAGCAGCAGCAUCAGCAUCAGCAGCAGCAGCAGCAGCAGCAGCAGCAGCAGCAGCAGCAGCAACAGCAGCAGCAGCAGCAGCAGCAACAGCAACAGCAGCAGCGAAGAGAUGGAGCACAUCUUCUAAAUGGAAAUGCCAAUGGGCUUGCAGGAAAUGAUCCCCUAAUGCGACAGAGUCCUGGGGCUAAUGCCCUGGCCACAAAAAUGUAUGAGGAAAGAUUAAAGUUGCCCCAUCAGAGGGAAGGCUUGGAUGAAACAGCUAUUAAGCAACGUUUCGGUGAGAAUGUGGGCCAGCUUUUGGAUCCCAAUCAUGCAUCAAUUCUGAAAUCAGCUGCCGCCACUGGCCAGCCUUCGGGGCAAGUAUUGCAUGGUACUGCUGGUGGGAUGUCUCCACAAGUUCAAGCUCGUAACCAACAGCUGCCUGGAUCCACACCGGACAUAAAAAGCGAGAUCAAUACUGUGUUGAACCCCAGAGGCCCCGGUCCAGAAGGAUCUUUGAUAGGGAUUCCUGGGUCAAAUCAAGGUAGCAAUAAUUUGACUUUGAAAGGCUGGCCACUUACUGGACUAGAGCAGCUUCGUUCACUUCACCCGCAAAAGUCCUUUAUGCCAACCCCUCAGCCGUUUCAUCAGCUACAGAUGCUACCACAACACCAGCAGCAGCUUAUGCUUGCUCAGGCAAAUUUGACCUCACCAUCUGCCAGUGAUGAGAAAAUGAAACUCCGGAUGAUGUUGAACAAUCGGAAUAUAAUGGGCAAGGAUGGACUUCAAAAUUCCAUUGGAGAUGUCCCGAACGUUGCAUCACCUUUGCAAGCUGGUGGAUCUCGAGGGGAGACAGAUAUGCUGAUCAAGUUAAGGUUGGCUCAGCAAUUUCAACACCAGCAGCAGCUCCAACAGAACAGUAAUCCUCAGCUGCAGCAGCAGCAGCAGCAGCAGCAGCAGCAGCAGCACACACUUGCGAAUCAGCAAUCUCAGAGUUCAAACCACAAUCUUCAUCAACAAGAGAAAAUGGGUGGUGCUGGCAGUGCUAACAUUGAUGGUAGCAUGUCGAAUUCCUUCCGAGGAAAUGAUCAGGUUUCAAAAAACCAAUCUGCAAGGAAACGAAAGCAGCCAGUGUCAUCUUCAGGUCCUGCCAAUAGCUCCGGAACUGCAAAUACUGCAGGUCCCUCCCCUAGCUCUGCGCCUUCCACACCAUCAACUCACACUCCUGGUGAUGUGAUGUCUGUGCCUCCAUUGCCACAUAGUGGUAGUUCGUCCAAGCCGUUAAUGAUGUUUGGGGCUGAUGGCACUGGAAGUCUUCCAUCGCCUUCAAAUCAAUUGGCAGAUAUGGAUCGAUUUGUAGAGGACGGAUCUCUUGAUGAUAAUGUUGAGUCUUUUUUAUCUCAUGAUGAGACAGAUCCUCGAGAUACUGUUGGUCGCUGCAUGGAUGUCAGCAAAGAAUUCUCAUUUACUGAAGUGAAUACUAUUCGAGCAAGCACCAGCAAGGUUACCUGUUGCCACUUCUCAUCAGAUGGGAAAGUACUUGCUACUGGUGGACAUGAUAAGAAAGCUGUACUGUGGUAUGCAGAUACUUUAAAGCCGAAAACAACUCUGGAGGAACAUUCUUUAAUGAUCACGGAUGUUCGAUUUAGUCCAACCAUGUCUCGCCUGGCAACAUCUUCUUUCGACAAAACUGUCAGAGUCUGGGAGGCUGACAAUGCUGGUUAUUCUCUUCGGACUUUUAUGGGGCAUUCUUCUACUGUUGCGUCUCUGGACUUCCACCCAAAUAAAGAUGAUCUUAUCUGCUCUUGCGAUGGGGAUGGUGAGAUAAGAUACUGGAGCAUUAAUAACGGCAGCUGUUCGAGGGUAUUCAGGGGUGGCACAGCCCAGUUGAGAUUCCAGCCACGUCUUGGAAGGUAUCUUGCUGCUGCGGCAGAUAAUGUCUUAUCUAUAUUGGAUGUAGAGACACAAGCGUGCAGGCAAACUUUGCAGGGGCAUACUAAGGCAAUCGAUUCUGUGUGUUGGGAUUCUACUGGCGAUUUAGUUGCGUCUGUCAGUGAGGACUCUGUUAGAGUUUGGGCAGUUGGGUCUGGUAGUGAAUGGGACUGUGUACAUGAAUUGAGCUGCAAUGGAAACAAGGCCCACUCCUGCGUGUUCCACCCAACUUAUCCUUCACUUUUGGUGAUUGGCUGCUACCAGACCCUGGAGCUCUGGAAUAUGGCCGAGAACAAGACAAUGGCUUUGCCAGCUCAUGAUGGACUAAUUUCAGCAUUGGCAGUAUCAAAUGUGACGGGCCUGGUUGCUUCAGCUAGUCACGACAAGACAGUGAAGCUGUGGAAGUGAUACUUUGGCAUCUCCAGGUGAUGACUUCUUUUGUCAAGUUGAAGCUUUCUGCGAAUGCUUCAGUGACAUGUAAUGUUUGGCCUUUCCUUAGAGAAGGAAAUGUUCUCAGAUAGGACUCUACAUCGAUAAUUGCCGUCUUCUCUCGUUUGGUACUUAUGCCAUGUCUCUUGAACUUCGAUGUCAUUUAGUUUUCUGGUCGGAUUGAAAUUCUAAUUGUCGGUUUCAUUCUCAUCAACUUAAAGGGCGAAAAGAAACAGAUUUCGAGGAA